UUUUAUAUUUCUUCUUAAUACAAUGAAUCUUUAGCGAAAAAAAAAAGCACUCAACAUCAGAGUGAGAAUUAUUAGCUUAUAAGUAUUGUCGAAGAUUUAGUAAGUAAUGGCUAAGAUUUCUUAUACCUCCUUCCUCAUCCUUGCUAUCCUUGUCUUCUCAGUUGCAUCGUCAAUGGUGAUGAAAGCAGAUGCGCAGCAGAAUGGGGAGUGUCAGGAAAUAUUGUAUCCCGAUUACUGCAAUCAACAGGAUUGUCAAGAUAAGUGCAUCCAAGAGCAUAAUGGUGGACGUGGAGACUGUAUUGGGUUAAUGCCAGGACGUGAUCUCCAUUACGGAUGCCAUUGUUUCUACCCAUGCUAGAAUCCUACUAAGUCUUUCCCUACAUGUAUGAUGCUACUAUGUUCAUCAUAUGACCAAUAAAAGGCAAGCAUGCAUGCAUAUCAAUAAAAAAAAAAACUAUUAUUGGGUUUUUAGCUUCA